AACAUCGAAAUAAUCCUUCCAAACCCCGAGGAGGAGGGGAGGAAAACCACAAGAGACCAUUAACUUUCUCCACGAGGAGAGAGAGAGAGAGCAGACAGAGAGAAAGAGAGGAGCUUUAUUUCGAAUGCUCCUGAAGUAGUCCUGCAUCCUCCUCUUCCUCUCUCGAGCCCUUCACCACGGCAUCAUCAUUCAAGCCGGACGCAAAGCAUCCCAGAUCAAAUCGGCUGGUUCGGCCUUCCAUUUCGAGGAUUCUACAUUUAUAGGCUUGUCCAUGGCAUCAGCUACUUAUCUUGAUGAUGCCAAUUCUGACGUUAUUGAUCCUCCAAAGAAUGAGGAGAUAUUGGAUGUUACUGAACUUGUUGGUGAUCACACCCAGCAUUCACCAAAACCAAAUGUGAUGGUCUCUGGCAAUGUGCGUGAACUACUGGAAUGCCCUGUUUGUCUAAAUGCCAUGUAUCCUCCAAUUCAUCAGUGCUCCAAUGGUCAUACUCUCUGUUCUGGAUGCAAGCCAAGGGUUCACAAUCGCUGCCCAACUUGCAGACAUGAAUUGGGCAAUAUAAGAUGCCUUGCUUUGGAAAAGGUAGCUGCAUCGCUAGAGCUUCCAUGCAAAUAUCAGAACUUUGGGUGCUUGGGCAUAUAUCCUUAUUAUUGCAAGCUGAAGCAUGAGUCACAGUGCCAAUACAGGCCCUAUACCUGCCCAUAUGCUGGAUCUGAAUGCACUGUUGCUGGUGACAUUCAAUAUCUAGUAAGUCACUUGAAAGAUGAUCAUAAGGUUGACAUGCACAAUGGAAGCACCUUCAAUCAUCGCUAUGUCAAAUCGAAUCCUCAUGAAGUUGAGAAUGCUACCUGGAUGCUCACGGUUUUCAGCUGCUUUGGCCAGUACUUCUGCCUGCACUUUGAGGCAUUCCAGUUGGGCAUGGCACCUGUCUACAUUGCCUUCCUGCGGUUCAUGGGAGAUGAUGCAGAAGCCAAGAACUAUAGCUACAGCCUGGAGGUUGGGGGCAGUGGUCGAAAGAUGACCUGGCAAGGCGUCCCAAGAAGCAUCAGAGACAGCCACAGGAAAGUUCGGGACAGUUACGACGGGCUAAUCAUCCAGCGGAACAUGGCACUAUUCUUCUCCGGUGGUGACAAGAAGGAGCUCAAACUGCGUGUCACAGGAAGGAUUUGGAAGGAACAAUAAAUCACACACCAUCUCAACUUCUCAUUGCAACCUAGGAUGUCUGGUGCAAAAUGGGAUUAAUGCGUAAGCGAAUUACUCUGGGAACUAGCUAGGUAGGAUUUGGUAAUAUGAUAGACUGUCUUAGCUACCAGCAGCCAUUCUUCUAGUAGUUCAAGAACACUUUGUAUGGACGAUUAUCUCGUGGCACUGAUGUAGAAUUGAAGGCAAAUCUCUUCUUUGCUCUGAACUACUCCAAGAGCUUGCCAAUCUGCCGUUGCAGGCGAUUCUUGAUGGUGACUCUGUGAAAUGUAAAUGUUGUAGCUCUACCCUCGGUAUGAGGCAAAUCUAUAUCAGGCCUCCAUUGUUUUGCUGGCACGUGGCCCUGCCAAACUUGCAAUGUUUGGCUGUGGAACUGAACCGU